AUUAUUACAAUGUAUAAAAUUAUUCUAUUGCGACGUUUAAUAUUAUUAAUGUGUUAUUCGUGUUUGCAAAUAAAUAUUGUUUCUGGAUACAAUAUAAAAGUGAAUCAGGCCAGUUCAACAAGUCCACGCGUCUGUAUCAUUGGCGCGGGAAUAGCGGGACUUACUUCUGCUAAACAUUUAAAAGAUGAAGGAAUAAACUUCACCGUUCUCGAAUCGACUAGGUACAUUGGCGGAACGUGGAGAUAUGACCAUAGGGUAGGAAAAGACGAGAACGGCUUACCGUUGCACACGAGCAUGUACAUGCAUUUAAGAACAAACUUACCAAAACCAACAAUGGAACUGCAGGGUUUUCCUGUACCAAGAGAGAUGCCAUCCUUUCCUAGCUGGAAUAUAUAUUAUGACUACAUAAAGGCUUAUGCGGCUCACUUUGAUUUGCACAAACAUAUAAAGUUUCUGCAUAAGGUAACAUCAGUGAAACGAGUUGGGAAUGUAUGGAAAGUGAAACACGGGCAUGUACUAAGAGGUGUAGAGUACGAGGAAGAAUUCGAUUUCGUUAUAGUUGGGACUGGCCACUUCAGUAAACCUAAUAUGCCGGAAAUUCGUCAUGAACAUCUUUUCAAAGGAACAAUAAUCCACAGCCACGACUACAGAGUACCUGACGUAUUUACCAAUCGUCGUGUUCUGGUCGUCGGCGCGGGUCCUUCCGGAAUGGAUAUCGCUCUAGAUGUAGCAAACUAUUCUAAGACCCUUGUCCAUAGUCACCACUCUAAGGUGAACUUUAAAACCAAGUUCCCAGAUCACUUCAUCAGAAAACCCGAUAUCAAGGAGUUUAACGAAACCGGAGUUAUUUUUGUUGAUGGUACUUAUGAAGAUAUUGAUGACGUCAUUUAUUGUACCGGAUACGAAUACGACUACCCAUUCCUGGACAAAUCAUGUGGCCUAGUAAUCGACAAGCACAGUGUCAUCCCCCUGCACAAAUACAUGGUAAACAUAAAUGAACCAAGUAUGGUCAUAAUGGGACUAGUUAUACGUGCAUGUCUUGUAGUUGCUAUAGACGCCCAGGCCCGUUAUACAACUGCCUUGAUAAAGGGUAAUUUCACACUGCCGUCUAGAGAUGAAAUGAUGGCUGAAUGGCAAAAGCAGGCAGACAUAAUUCGUUCUAAAGGACGACCCAUCUCAGAUAUACAUUUCUUGGCAGAAAAGGAGGAUCAAUAUUACGAGGAAAUAUCUGAAGAAUCAGGCAUCGAUCGAGUUCCUCCUGUCAUGUAUAAAAUACGCACCAUGGACACGGAAGCGAAGCUCGAAAACCUCUACACCUACAGGAACUACGUGUACGAAGUCAUAGACAGAAACACGUUCGCCAGGCGCCUGGAGUCAGACACGAAGCCUGCUGACAACAGGAUCUUACCGUUAAAUUUGCCACAUCCUACAAUGGAACUCCGUGGAUUUCCAAUACCAAAACAUUUGCAUUUCUUUCCUAAUGCACAAUUAUAUUACUACUACAUCAGGUCUUAUGCAGAGCGUUUUCACUUAGUAGAUUACAUACAGUUUCUUCACAAUGUCACAUCAGUGAGACGAGAAGGAAAUGUAUGGAAAGUGAAACACACAGAUGUACUAAAUAAAACAGAGCAUGAAGAUGAAUAUGACUUUAUGAUUAUAGGAACUGGACACUUCAGCAAUCCUAAUGUGCCAAACAUUCCAAAUGAAGUACUUUUUAAAGGAGAAAUAUUGCAUAGCAAUUAUUAUAAAGUAUCUUGUAUAUUCGAAAACAAACGUGCUUUAAUCGUGGGUGGGGGAACCUCUGCAUGGGAUAUUGUUAUAGAAAUGCUUACGGACUCCAAGACAGUGGUGCACAGCCACCAUUCUAAACAAACUAUUAAUACGAAAUUCCCAGACCACUAUAUAAGAAAACCCGAUGUUAAAGAAUUUAAUGAAACUGGGGUUACUUUUGUUGACGGUACUUAUGAAGAGAUCGAUGUCGUUAUUUACUGCACUGGAUUUAACUAUACUUAUCCUUAUCUGGAGUCAUUGUGUGGCCUAAUGGUCAACAAGGACCACGUGGUCCCGCUGUACAAAUGUCUUGUGAAUAUAAAUGAACCAAGUAUGGUGGUGCUGGGCCUGGUGAGGCGUGCCUGCCAUAUCGUAGCUAUAGACGCACAGGUUCGUUACACCACAGCACUUAUAAAGGGUGAUUUCUCUCUGCCGUCCAAGGAAGAGAUGUUGAAUGUUUGGCAAAAGGAAGUUGAUAUUAUUCACUCUAACGGACGAUCCAUGUCUGAUUUACAUUUGUUAGGAGAUAAAGAGGAUCAGUAUUACAAGGAACUGAGUGAUGAAUCUGGUAUAGACAGAGUGCCUCCUGUCAUGUCUAAACUACGGAACAUAAGCAAUGAAGCAAAACUGCAAAACUUAUUCACUUACAGAGAUUAUAUUUAUGAAGUGAUUGAUGAUAAAUCGUUUAAGAGAACUGAACGUGUAAAAAAACGUGAAAGAUUUGAUGGCAAGUUGCCUGAAAGUGUUGUAUUUGUUGCGGAUGAUGGUUAGUAGUCACAUAACAGGCUUGUUUUUUUAUUACUUUACUAGAUAACAACUAGUAGAUUAAAAUGUUUUAUUUAUUUAUCGAAUAUAAGGAAAGCUGACUGAUAUUUUGAUUGUUACGGAUGAUGCAACAGUUUAUUCUACACGUCUCCAAUUUAGAUUAAUAUAUAUAUUUUAUUUACCCUUGACACUCUAGAAGAAAGACUAUAUUUAUGAAAUGUUCUUUACGAGUUCGACGUUUAGGAGGAGUAAUGGAUUUUUGUAAUGCCAUUUGUAUUAAUAACGUAAUACAUUUGAUACUGAGUACGUAAUGAAAUUGUUCCUUUGGUUAAAGCGGUAGAAUGUAAAAGUUAAACUAGUUGAAAUGUUUAUGAUUGUUUUUGUAUAUAAUUAUUUAAUAUCUAUCGUUAUGCUUA